GUCACGUGGUGCGCAGCACGCAGAGUCCUUCUGUCGGUUGGUCCUGGAGCGGCGCAGCCGGAGCGGGGCUGUGAGGAGAAUAAAGGCAGCCCCGCUGAUGACUGAAAAUGACAAAGCAUCCACCUAACAGAAGAGGAAUCAGCUUUGAAGUGGGAGCCCAGUUGGAAGCCCGGGACCGAUUAAAAAACUGGUAUCCAGCUCACAUAGAAGACAUUGACUACGAAGAAGGGAAAGUACUCAUCCAUUUCAAGCGUUGGAACCAUCGUUAUGAUGAGUGGUUCUGCUGGGACAGUCCUUAUUUACGCCCUUUAGAGAAAAUACAGCUGAGGAAAGAGGGCUUACAUGAAGAAGAAGGAUCUUCUGAAUUUCAAAUAAACGAGCAGGUCCUUGCUUGCUGGUCUGAUUGUCGUUUUUACCCAGCCAAAGUCACUGCUGUUAACAAGGAUGGUACUUACACUGUGAAAUUUUAUGAUGGAGUAGUUCAGACUGUCAAACAUAUUCAUGUCAAAGCUUUUUCCAAAGAUCAGAAUAUUGUGGGUAAUGCUAGGCCUAAAGAAACAGACCACAAAAGUCUUCCAUCAUCUCCUGAUAAACGAGAGAAGUUUAAAGAACAAAGAAAAGCCACUGUCAACGUGAAGAAAGACAAAGAGGACAAAGCCUUAAAGACAGAAAAGCGACCCAAGCAGCCUGAUAAAGAAGGAAAGUUAAUCUGUUCUGAAAAGGGGAAGGUGUCAGAGAAAGGCCUCCCCAAGAACGAGAAGGAAGAUAAGGAGAACAUUUCAGAAAAUGACAGGGAGUACUCUGGAGAUGCUCAAGUGGAUAAGAAACCUGAAAAUGACAUUGUGAAGAGUCCACAAGAAAACUUGAGGGAGCCAAAAAGAAAACGAGGCAGGCCCCCUUCCAUAGCUCCUGCUGCUGUGGAUUCAAACUCUCAAACUUUGCAACCAAUAACAUUGGAAUUGAGAAGACGGAAAAUAUCAAAAGGAAGUGACGUCCCAUUAAAACGUUCUCGGCUUGACAAAAAUUCAUCCCAGGAAAAGUCAAAAACCUACUCGGAAACCACUGACAAAGACUUAUCGAGGAGACGGUCCUCCAGGCUGUCCACUAAUGGGACGCAUGAAAUCCUAGAUCCUGACUUGGUUGUAUCAGAUUUGGUUGAUACGGUUAAUACUGAUCCUUUGCAAAACACAUCAUCCAUUAACAAGGAAUCUGAAGAAGGUCAGUUGAAAUCUCCUUUGGAAGCUGACCAGGUCUCAUCUGCAUUGACUUGCCACUCCUUUGGUGAUGGAUUGGGGGCUGCAGGCUUGGAGUUGAACUGCAAGUCAAUGGGAGAAAACAGCAUGAAGACAGAAUCGGCUUCUCCUCUUGCUGAGUUACAAGAGAUUUCUACUGUGGCAGUAACAAAUACUUUUAAGAAAACAGAUGAUUUUGUGACAUGUAAAGCCCCAGCUGUCGACCUAGAUCACAAGUUCAGGUGCAAGGUUGUGGAUUGUUUAAAAUUUUUCCGCAAGGCCAAACUGUUGCACUAUCACAUGAAGUAUUUCCACGGGAUGGAGAAGUCACCAGAGCCAGAUGAGAACCCAGGAAAGAGGCAGGUCCAAACGAGGGGCUCUUCAGCUUCAGACAAGGCCAGCCAGGAGAGCCUGACCAGGAAGCGGGUCUCUGCCAGUUCCCCAACUGCAAAAGACAAGGAAAAGAAUAAAGAGAAGAAAUUCAAAGAAUUUGUGAGAGUGAAGCCAAAGAAAAAAAAGAAAAAGAAAAAGAAAACCAAACCUGAAUGCCCUUGCAGUGAGGAAAUCAGUGAUACAUCUCAGGAACCUUCUCCACCCAAGGCAUUUGCUGUCACCAGGUGUGGGUCCUCACAUAAGCCUGGGGUCCAUAUGAGCCCGCAGCUCCAUAGCUCAGAAUCUGGAAACCAUAAAGGGAAAGUGAAAGUAACUGAGGAGGAUAAUCUGAGUGAGUCCUCUUCUGAGAGCUUUCUUUGGAGUGACGAGGAGUAUGGCCAAGAUGUUGAUGUGACUACCAACCCAGACGAGGAACUCGAUGGGGACGACCGCUAUGAUUUUGAAGUGGUCCGCUGCAUCUGUGAGGUUCAGGAAGAAAAUGACUUCAUGAUUCAGUGUGAAGAGUGCCAGUGCUGGCAGCAUGGGGUCUGCAUGGGAUUACUGGAAGAAAAUGUGCCAGAGAAAUACACCUGUUAUGUUUGCCAAGACCCUCCAGGUCAGAGGCCUGGCUUCAAGUACUGGUAUGACAAGGAGUGGUUGAGCAGGGGACAUAUGCAUGGCCUGGCAUUCUUAGAAGAGAACUACUCCCACCAGAAUGCCAAGAAGAUUGUGGCCACCCACCAGCUUCUUGGAGAUGUGCAGAGAGUGAUCGAGGUUCUGCAUGGCCUGCAGCUCAAGAUGAGCAUCUUACAAAGCAGACAGCAUCCUGAUCUGCAGCUGUGGUGUCAGCCUUGGAAACAGCACUCAGGGGAGGGGAGACCUCAUUCCAAACACAUCCACGUUACUGAAGCCAGGAGCAAGGAGGAAGUCCCAAGCUAUAGAACUUUGAAUGGGGCAGUGGAGAAGCCCUUGCCCCUGCCCCUACCCCGGUCUGUGGAGGAGUCCUAUAUCACCAGCGAGCACUGCUAUCAGAAGCCCCGCGCCUAUUACCCUGCUGUGGAGCAGAAGCUGGUGGUGGAAACACGGGGCUCUGCCCUCGACGAUGCAGUCAACCCCCUCCGUGAGAACGGUGAUGAUUCUCUUUCUCCGCGUCUGGGCUGGCCUCUAGACCAAGACAGGAGUAGGGGGGACAGUGACUCCAAAUCUAGCUCCCUAAAGGUGAGGGAAUAUGUCUCCAAAAAGGUCCUACCUGAGGAAGCCCCGGCUCGGAAGCUGUUGGACAGAGGAGGAGAGGGGCUGCUGAGCUCCCAGCACCAGUGGCAGUUUAACUUGCUGACCCAUGUGGAAUCUCUUCAGGAUGAAGUCACACAUAGGAUGGACUCCAUCGAGAAGGAGCUGGAUGUGUUGGAGAGCUGGCUGGACUACACUGGGGAAUUGGAGCCCCCAGAGCCGCUGGCCAGGCUUCCACAGCUCAAACAUUGCAUCAAGCAGCUGCUGAUGGACCUGGGCAAGGUGCAGCAGAUCGCACUCUGCUGCUCAACAUGA